AGGGCGUCAACCUCCGCCAUCCAACGAGCGAGCGAGAGGAGGCGGGGACGCCUUGUCCCCGCCCACCCGCGCGCACGCCGCUAUGCUUGCUCUGGUGCUGUUCUCACGCGUUCUUGACUAGGAAGGACGCGCGCCUGUCUUUUCGCUCUUCUCACGUCAUACAGAUAGAGCCGCCGUGAAGAUGGCGAUGAGAGCAGCGUUUCGGUGUGCCUCCGCAAACUUUGCUGCUGCCCUGCCAUUGCGUAGCCGAGUUGUGCCCCAACCCGUGUACCGGCUGUCCUGGCCCCGGACGUUGACGACCUCCUCUCCUUUAUCUUCAGCUCUUAAAUUUACUGAUAAACAUGAAUGGGUGCGAGUGGAAAAUGGAAUUGGGACUGUAGGCAUCAGCAAUUAUGCUCAGGAUGCAUUAGGAGAUGUGGUAUAUUGUGGUCUACCAGAGGUUGGCACUAAAUUGAACAAAAUGGAUGAAUUUGGUGCUUUGGAAAGUGUAAAAGCCGCUAGUGAACUUUACUCACCUUUAAGUGGUGAAGUAACAGAAAUUAACAAAGCACUGACGGAGAACCCUGGGCUAGUCAACAAAUCUUGCUAUGGUGAUGGAUGGCUUAUUAAGAUGACAAUUGAUAGUCCUGCUGAGCUGGAUGAAUUAAUGGAUGAAGAUUCCUAUGAAAAGUAUAUCAAAUCCAUUGAGAACUGACAUUUCAUGUGGACAUGCCCACAUACCCUGCCUUCAUUUGUUUCAACAACUAGAACUCUUCCCACACUAACAUUCAACUUUGUCUUGCUUUGCUGCCAGAUGUAGACUUUGGAGAAAACUGGCAAUAAAGCAUUAAUUUUUGGAAAUUUGGUUUAAACACCAAUAUUGUAUUAAGAGUCUUGUUUUUAUUCUCUUCAAAUUAUUUCAUUAAAAAUGGAUUUCAUUUGGAAUACAUAAAAUACCAAAAUUGUAGUAGUUUGCUUAAAGCAAGAAUACACAGUGUUUGCCUCUGACUGUUUGUUGCCAGCAUAGCUGGGAUACUCAGAGAUGUUAUUUGUGCAGAGCAUUUAUUUCUUGUUGAGUUGCAAAAUUUUAAGGUGACAUUUUAAAAUGGUGUUGGGUGAUUGGUUUUAUGUUCCUUUUGGUUAAAAUUAUUUUUGUCUUGAACUGUAGUCACACUUUCAACAGAUUGUAUCUGUCCUGGAUGCCUUGAAGGACACAAUAAUGAGUUUUUUUAUUUAGCACAAGAGCAAUCUUAAAAUGGUGGUAAAUUGUUUCAGAUUACAGGACAGUGAGAUAAGUGGAAAAAAAUGAAACUUCAGUUAUAAACCCUGGGAAGAAUUAAACUGUAGUUGUAACUUCAAAUACAUUAAGGUAUUAGCUGGAAAAAAAAGAUUUGUAGUAUUAUGUGAGUAUUGUCUUUAGCAUAGCAGGGGGCUUUCCAAGUCAUUUAUAUGCUGCAAUUUCAUAUUGUUUUUUAAAAAUAAAGACUCAUGUUUUAAUUAAAUCUCUUCUAAAA